UGAUGGUGCUGCACCUAAACCACCUUGUUUUUCAUUUUGGGUUCCUCUACACCCAGCUUUACGGUGUUCACUGACCGGCGACGGCGACGGCGACGAGGUCAACAUCCUUGCCCACUCAUCUCUCUGAUUCUCAAGGAACCUUUGAAUUGAAACAAUGGUUGAACUGAGCUUAAUCGAUUCUCCAUUUCCGAAGCUCUCUACUGACCAGAUGCUGGAAUUGGAGAGAAUCUACAAUGACAUGGGAGAAAAUGCAUUUGAUCAGAAUCUCUGCCAGGAGAUUGCUGCAACUUUGAGUGCUGCUAAUACAUCCAUAUCAUGGGAACAGGUGCAGCAGUGGUUCCAAAAUAAGCUUCACGAGUCACAGGAUCGAGCUGCUUCACUGAAUCAACUUGUUGAUAUUUCAGAUACACCCAGUUUAAGAAGCUCUACAGUUCUACAAGGUAAUCGAGGUGCAGUUGUUUCAGACUUGGCAUUUGAAGCAAGAUCUACGAAAGACUUAGCAUGGCAUGAUGUUUCAAUGCUUCUUAACUACAGAGUUCUGAGCACUGGCGAACUUGAAGCUCGUGUACGAUAUGCUGGAUUUGGCAAGGGGGAGGAUGAGUGGGUGAAUGUGAAAUACGGGGUGCGAGAUAGAUCUAUCCCAUUGGAACCUUCAGAGUGCCACAAGGUGAAGGAUGGAGAUCUUGUACUAUGUUUCCUGGAAAGGGAUGAUUAUGCCCUCUACUGUGAUGCUCGUGUAUUAAGCAUCCAGAGGAAGCAACACGAUGAGACAGAUUGCAAGUGCAUCUACACUGUUCGAUUUCUCCAUGACAACUCUGAGGAAGCAAUUCAUUGGAAGAGGGUAUGCUAUAGGCCUACACAAGAGGAAUCUGUUGUCUACCAUAACUCACCAGAACCUACAAUAGAACCCAGCAUGAGUGCCAUAGAGAACUUGUGGGGAUGAAAGAUCUCAUUCUUCUUUCGUACUUCCCUUUUAUCUUUCUGGAGUUAGUAUUUCUAGUUUGUUACCAUGUGAGAUAGUGAGGUACAUUUGGUACAGACAAGAGAACAGGUUUUGUUCUAUAGUAGGUACAUUUCAGUAUAAAUCUUACUUUUGGAAAUAUUUUCAACAAAA